UACCUUCACCUGCACAGACAUGGCUCCCUGCUCCACCAACUACUCCUCUAUUCAUCAGAUCAGGAUCUCUGAGAAAGACAACAUUAAAUUAAGAAAACCUGUUGUGGAGAAAAUGCGCAGAGAUCGCAUCAACACUUGCAUCGAGCAGCUCAAGGCCAUCCUGGAGAAGGAGUUCCAGCAGCAUGAGCCCAACUCCAAGCUGGAGAAAGCAGACAUCCUGGAGAUGACUGUGAGUUUCCUGAGGCAGCAGCUUCAGCCGGGCCUCUGUCAGAGCGACUACAGCCAAGGCUUCUCUAACUGCUGGAGGGACUCUGUGCACUUCUUGUCUGCAACUUCCAACACAGAGGCCCCUGUCGCUCCUCUGCAGGGCCUCCAGCAGCUCCACAGAGCCAGCCGCUCCUCCUCAGUCUGCUCCACCCUCAGGCCCACCAUGCUGCAGGACAGCACCAGCAGCAAGGGCCCAGUGUGGAGGCCUUGGUAGAGAUUUUGAAACAUAGACACAUUUCGACACCUGAGGGACUGUCCCUCACUAUGUAGGAAAUAUAUUUCCAGCCUGCUCAUCUAUGGUGGGUUUCCUUAUUGUCGCAUCACAUUGAUGGACAAGUAGUAGAAAAAGCGAAGGCUCUCACUUAUUUGAAGGGUAAUUUACAUUUGAUGUUUGGUUUUCCUUAUGUUUAAAGCUGGAGGUUGAUGAUGGUUCUGUCAAAUCUUGACUGUUUACUCCAGUGGAGUUUAUCUUUGGACUGCUUGAUGUAACAGUAUCUGCCAUACUGUGUUAAACUGACAGCUGCUGUUGAGAAUAUUUCUCUUACGUGUUGAAUUAACCAGGCCAAAUUGUAUGUAUGACGAUUAUAAUAAUGGUGUGUGUGUUUGUGUGUGCAAAUGGAUGUGAAUAUUAACAUUUUUGUUGAUAUUGCUGGUUUGCUAUCACAUUUAGGCUCUUAUAACGUAUGUUCAA